AUGACAGCAGUGUGUGUUUGGCUCUCCGUGGUCCUCUGGAUGAGCAGGGCAGCAGCGGGACAGAGAACUAACGACUCUUCACUUUCGGGAGAGGAGAUACUUUCUUUCGCGGAGCGUUUCAUGAACGUUUCGGGACAGAGAGGGAACGCCAGUUCCGGAUUGUUUCUCCUGGACUUUGAUGAGGGUCUGCUGGAGGGCUGGCGCUCUCUGGCCAGCAGCGGCGGGGAGUCUCAGGACGGGGGCAUCAAGGCGCUGCUUGUGGCAGCCUAUUCCCUCAUAAUCGUGAUCUCCCUGUUCGGGAACACCCUUGUGUGUCACGUGGUGGUCAAAAACAAGCGCACCUUGUCCGCCACCAGUUUAUUUAUCCUAAACCUGGCGGUGGCUGAUAUCUUCAUCACAGUCCUCAAUACACCCUUUACUCUGGUCCGCUUUGUGAACAGCACCUGGGUGUUUGGAAGAACUAUGUGCCACAUCAGUCGCUUUGUACAGUACUGCUCACUGCACGUCUCCACCCUCACGCUCACUGCCAUCGCACUGGACCGACGACAGGUGAUCUUGCAUCCUUUGAGGCCUCGCAUGUCUCCUACACAAGGUGGUGUUUGGGUCGCCGUCAUCUGGAUAAUGGCCAGCUGCUUCUCCCUCCCACAUGCAAUCUACCAAAAACUCCUGACCUUUACAUACAGUAAGGAGAAAGAGCGAAGCCUGUGUGUCCCAGACUUCCCAGAGCCAUCAGAUGUCUAUUGGCAGUACAUUGACCUGUUGACCUUCAUAUUGCUUUACUUGCUGCCCCUCCUCAUCAUCACUGCCUCCUACACCAUAGUGGCCCGUAGACUGUGGCGCCACAAUGCCAUCGGUGACACCACAACUGCUCAGCAUGCCACACAGAGAAGGAAGCGCCGGAGAACACUGGCGAUGCUGCUUCUGGUGGUCGGAGUGUUUGCCGUUUGCUGGUUUCCCCUCAACUGCUAUGUGGUGCUGCUGUCCAGCCAGGCCAUCCAUUCUUCUAAUGCCCUUUACUUCUGCUUUCACUGGCUAGCUAUGAGCUCCACCUGCUACAACCCUUUCAUCUACUGCUGUCUGAACCCCACUUUCCGCCAGGAGCUCCAGCUCCUCGUUGACAGGUGCAGGAAGAGACGACGGGCAGUGGUCGGCUUGGACCCGGAGCUUCGCCCUGCAGUACCUCACGCUCCAUGUCACAGAACUGCCUGGCCCGACAACCAGGACUCCUCGAGGCCAAGGAACGUUUGGUCACACCCGGUCCAAGCUUCCUCACAGCAGAGUCACCCUUCUUCAAGUCAGUCCCACAACCUGAAAGAUGCACAUGUGCUUUUCACUGCCCGGCAGGCGCUCACAGGGAGGACCGACAUCCUCUCAGUGGAGCCCAUUGUGGCUGUGAGCUGACUGGAGACAAUCCUGGACUGAACUGAGUUGUUUAACCUCUUAAGCCCCAAGCCUAACUGAUGUCCUGCCUUUUGAGGUUAAAUCUCUUCUAGGGCUUCAUCAAAUAGGGCAGAACAUCUGGUAAUCUCAGAUCUGUAUGUCUGGGCCAGUAAUUUCAAAAG